CGGUGAGGUUCUCCCCGCUGCGGUCGGGCUGCGGGCGGCUCGGGCAGGCCGCGGGCGGCGCAGGUGCAAGAAGAGAGGGGCCGCUUUGGCCUGAAGACCGACUCGCGUAGCCGCCAGUCACUUAAGCUGAGUGCAUUGUGAUUUCCAAUAAUUGAGGCAGUGGUUCUAAAAGCUGUCUACAUUAAUGAAAAGAGCAAUGUGGCCAGCUUGACUAAGCCGCCAGCGCACCGCGGCCGGGACGGCCCCGGGUCUCCACGGACUCGUGCAUGUUAGCGCUAUAGAUUUAAGUAAGGUUUUUGUUUUUGGAAAAAAAAAAAACCAACUCUGGUCUUUUAAAGUAGUCUUACCCGCUUUUAAUAUGGAGACGUGUGAGAGUGCCUCUCCGCUCCCGCGAGAGGCCGCAGGAGAAGCGGUGACGGAGAGCCGAGCUCGCUCCUUCCCAGCGCUGGCCCGUGAACAGUCUCCACCACCUCCCCUGCAAACGUCCAGUGAUGCCGAGGUAAUGGACGUUGGCUCUGGUGGUGAUGGACAGUCCGAACCCCCUGCUGAGGACCCGUUCGACUUCUACGGAGCUUCGCUUCUCUGCAGAGGAUCCUUCUCUAAGGGCCGCCUCCUCAUAGACCCGAACUGUAGUGGCCACAGCCCGCGCACCGCCCGGCACGCCCCUGCGGUCCGGAAGUUCUCCCCUGACCUUAAGUUGCUUAAGGAUGUAAAGAUUAGCGUGAGCUUUACCGAGAGCUGCAGGAGUAAGGACAGGAAGGUGCUGUACACGGGAGCGGAGCGCGACGCUCGGGCCGAGUGCGGCCCGCUCCUUAGUCCCGGCAGUGGAGACGUGCAUGCUUGUCCCUUUGGCGGGAGCGUUGCGAACGGGGUAGGCCUGGGGGGUGAGAGCGUGGAUAAGAAGGCUGAGGAGAGUGAGCUGGAUCAGGAAAAGAGAGUGGAGUACGCGGUGCUCGAUGAGGUAGAAGAUUUUACUGACACUUUGGAGCUAGAUGAAGAAGGCGCAGGCGGGUUCGCGGCCAAAGCAAUCGUUCAGAGAGACAGAGCGGACGAAGAGGCCUUGAAUUUCUCCUACGAGGAUGACUUUGACAACGACGUGGACGCUUUGCUGGAGGAAGGCCUUUGCGCUCCUAAAAAGAGGCGAAUGGACGAGAAAUAUGGAGGAGACAGCGACCACGCGUCUGAUGGGGAGACAAGCGUGCAGCCGAUGAUGACCAAGAUCAAGACAGUGCUCAAAAGUCGUGGCCGCCCUCCCACAGAGCCUCUCCCCGACGGCUGGAUCAUGACGUUCCACAACUCCGGAGUCCCUGUGUACCUGCACAGAGAGUCUCGGGUGGUCACCUGGUCCAGACCGUACUUCCUGGGAACGGGAAGCAUACGGAAACACGACCCUCCUCUGAGUAGCAUCCCCUGUCUGCACUACAAGAAAAUGAAGGACAAUGAGGAACGGGAGCAGAGCAGCGACAUCAGCCCCAGCGGGGAGGGGUCCCCCGUCAAGCCCCUGAGCCGAUCCGCGGAGCUGGAGUUCCCCCUGGAGGAGCCCGACGCCAUGGGCACCGACUCGGGGCCCCCAGAUGAGAAGGACCCCCUGGGGGCCGAAGCGGCCCCUGGGGCCCUGGGGCAGGUGAAGGCCAAAGUUGAAGUGUGCAAAGACGAAUCGGUGGAUCUCGAGGAGUUUCGCAGCUACCUGGAGAAGCGUUUCGACUUUGAGCAAGUCACUGUGAAGAAGUUCAGGACGUGGGCCGAGCGGCGGCAGUUCAACCGCGAGAUGAAGCGGAAGCAGGCCGAGUCGGAGAGGCCCAUCCUGCCGGCCAAUCAGAAGCUCAUCACUCUGUCGGUGCAAGACGCGCCCACCAAGAAAGAGUUUGUCAUCAACCCCAACGGGAAGUCGGAGGUCUGCAUCCUGCACGAGUACAUGCAGCGCGUGCUCAAGGUCCGCCCCGUGUACAACUUCUUCGAAUGUGAGAACCCAAGUGAGCCCUUCGGUGCCUCGGUGACCAUUGACGGUGUGACUUACGGCUCUGGAACAGCAAGCAGCAAGAAGCUCGCGAAGAAUAAAGCUGCCCGCGCCACACUGGAGAUCCUCAUCCCCGACUUCGUCAAGCAGACCUCUGAGGAAAAGCCCAAAGACAGCGAGGAGCUGGAGUACUUUAACCACAUCAGCAUCGAGGACUCGCGGGUCUACGAGCUGACCAGCAAGGCUGGGCUGUUGUCUCCGUAUCAGAUCCUCCACGAGUGCCUUAAAAGAAACCAUGGAAUGGGGGACACAUCCAUCAAGUUCGAGGUGGUUCCUGGGAAAAACCAGAAGAGCGAAUACGUCAUGGCGUGCGGCAAGCACACAGUGCGCGGGUGGUGCAAGAACAAGAGAGUUGGCAAGCAGCUGGCCUCCCAGAAGAUCCUCCAGCUGCUGCACCCACACGUCAAGAACUGGGGCUCCUUACUGCGCAUGUACGGCCGCGAGAGCAGCAAGCUGGUCAAGCAGGAGACCUCGGACAAGAGCGUGAUCGAGCUGCAGCAGUACGCCAAGAAGAACAAGCCCAACCUGCACAUCCUGAGCAAGCUCCAGGAGGAGAUGAAGAGGCUGGCCGAGGAGCGGGAGGAGACUCGGAAGAAGCCCAAGAUGUCGAUCGUGGCAUCUGCUCAGCCUGGCGGCGAGCCCCUGUGCACUGUGGACGUGUGAGGCGGUGGCGUGGGCCAGGGCCAGGGCCUGCCAGCUGCACUCCAGGGAGACCACCGGCCUCUCUGCAGCAUCUGGCUGCCAGCCCGCGUCCUUCACUGUGGCCGGUGUGCCGACGGCCUGGGCCAGAUGGUGGGGGUCUGGUGCACACACAGCCACAGCUGCAGCACACACGCCCAGCCGCAGCUCUUCCCGGGAGGCUGCUCUGGGGCCUGAAUGGAUGCUUCAGGAUCAACGCAAAGUGACUACACGUAGAAGCUGGUAGCUCACAGGCAGCCGUGGACCCUGCUGUGCCUGCCUGCUGCAGACUGUUUUUAUGAACGACUUCAUGAAUUUUAGUAUGUAGUACGCACUGACACCAGAUGACAUGAGAGCAGGCGGCCACGCCCUGUGGCUGGCCCACAGUGCCGGCUGGCCUGUGCCCCCAGCUCCUGCGGAGCCGGCGCAGGGACCUGGUCUGACGGUGCCCACAGCACCUGUCCCCUACCCGCCUCCUGUAUUUGCCUUUUCUCUGAAGCCCCAGCGAUUGAAAGGAGCACCUGAGACCAUCUUGGUGUAAAAUAAACAAUUUUAGCCUCAGAACUGUUUUUCAGAGAUCACAGGCAAACUGUGCAGGGCUCCGGCCAGGCCUCACCAGCCAGCCAGCCAGGACAAUAGCUGCUUGCUGGCCGGGGUGCCGCUGGGCUGUGGUCCGCUUUUCCAGUCCAGUCCUAAUGCCCUGCAGGCCACCUGC